UAAAAGCUAUUCACUUUAUCCGCACGGCAGGCCGAGUUUGAGGCUCGUAUAGAUUGGCAAGAAGGAGAAAGACGAGACGCUUCCAAGCUUCAGGAGCCAUGGCAUCUGCUUCGGCGACGGCGUCCUUUGGUCUUAGGUUUUACCCACUGUGCUCUCGCUCAUCAGUUGGCGUCUCUCGUAGUUCCGUCCGGCUCCCGUCGUCGAACAAGGCGUACUCGUUGAGGCUUAGUUCCUCCCACAACAUUUCCAGGUUUGGAGUCGCUUUACUUCAGAAGCCAUUUCACAUUGCUCCCAGUUCUCGAAUUCAUACUCCCUUCACUGUCGUCGCUGCCAAAGGGUACAAAAUGAAAACCCACAAGGCUUCAGCAAAGCGAUUCAGAGUAACGGGUCGAGGGAAAAUCGUUCGGAGGAGAGCUGGAAAGCAGCAUUUGCUGUACAAGAAGAACACAAAGAGGAAACUACGGCUUUCCAAAAUGCACCCAGUGAGCCGAAGUGACUACGAUAAUGUGAUUGGUGCUUUGCCGUACCUGAAGGUGAAUAGGCAGGCCAAGUAGAGGUCAUCACCCCGCCCCACUACACCUGCCUCUACUCACUUCAUGUGUAAUCAAACGAUUUUCAACUUUCCAGAACUCAUCAAAUGGAAAAAUUCGAUUGCUUAAAGAUCUUAUCUCUAAUUUAUUUCAUCAGUUGAUAAUGGUACGCGUUCUUUUAA